UGUCUUUAAAGUCAACUUCGCUACUAAAAUUGUUAAAAACACCGUCUUCCACUGUCACCGGUCACGGAAGCCAUACAGCUCACCAGAAUCGAAGUUUUCUUCGUGUGGAAUUGGAAGAAUUAUGUACCUAAGAGUGAUUUUGGUAUUCAAUUAGUUACGUAAUUAAACCCUUGUGGUUCUCCUCAUAAUUUUACUGUUCUCUUGAACGUUUACAUUCCUACUUGAGACCGAAAGUAGGGAAGGUUUAGGCUUCUGUAAACUGUUGCAGUUGUCCUCUGUGAGGAAGCUUACAAACCAAAAAUUUUGAAAGUAUUUGCACAUCUGUAACUAAGGUGGGUAGUUACGCGCGGCAGCACGCGCCACAAUGGUGAAAGAUAAGUUACUUGGUGUGCAUCGAGCUGUGAACCGAAAGUCUGGUGUUUACAUGCGAAAUACUCGUAUCCCAGUUCAUGUUUGGCCACCAUAAGGCACGCUUGUUCAGCCGGGCUGUUGUUGUGAUUGUUGCGUAAUUGUGAUCGUGGGUUCAGAGGAAUUGAAUUUGUGAUCCAGCUAAUCUUUGACGGUAAACCAUCAAUUUGUUGAUGUACUUCAAACAAGAUAUUUGAAUCUUCUGUGACUUCUGUAUACAAAGAGUUGAAACUACAAUAAGCAUGCGACAAUGAACUCAGACGAGUUAGAGGAAUGGACUCGAAAGGAGAAAUAGGCUCAUGGCUCCUCCUCUCGUUGUUAACCUUCGCCAUCGGGCAGACAUCGAUAUGUCCGGCCCCGGAGGCGAUACUCCCAUGCAUAUGCACAAACCGAAACGAAGAUGUACAAAUAUGGUGCACACACAGCGAUCUACCCCAAGUACUAAAGGGCGUCCAAAAAGUUGGAGAACUUGUGAGAAGACCAAUAGAUGAACUAAUAAUAGAAAAUAAUUACCUACCGUCACUGCCAGGAAAGAUAUUCCAAAAUGUGAAAAUUAUGCGCCUUAUGUUACGUCAUAAUGGCUUGGAGCGGUUAUCUGCCGCUUGGCUGGAGACACAAGAAACUAAUUUAGUCGAAAUAUUCAUCGUCGAAAAUGAUUUGAGAAGUCUUCCAGCCGAAAGUUUAAUGAAACUACAGAACCUGCAAGCAAUAACAGUACAAUCACAGAAUCUUAAACGAAUACCAGUAUUCUCUGGCUUGCAAAAACUACGCUACAUCAACAUUCAAUCCGAAAGUUUGAACGCUGUUAACGAAAAUACAUUCGAAAAUCUACCGAAAUUAGAAAGAUUGUUUAUCCAAGGAAGUGUCAACCUUCGAGUGUUGAAAGAAAAUGCUUUUUACAAUUUACCCAAAUUAAGAAGACUGGAAAUCACUAAUUGUGGAAUCAAUAUGAUUCAUAUGAGAGCUCUAUCAUUACUACCUGCUUUAAGUGAAAUUUCGCUGAGCAAUAACAGAAUUUCUGACGCGACUAUGAUUGGGAGGGCUAUGAGAGAUUUGCCAAUGCUAUCCUAUUUAAAUCUUGAUCAUAACAUGAUAGACAAGUUGAACGAAGGAGCAUUCGUUGAUCAACCCAUGCUCGAGAAUCUUUUACUCUCACACAAUAAUAUCAACAUUAUACAUCAUGGUACAUUCCACAGAGUGCCUAAAUUAAGAGUAGUAGAUUUGAACUACAAUAAGAUAAGUCAAAUUCAUCCAGAAUCCUUCUUACAACAAUCGGCCAGUGGAGUUGAGGAGCUGACUUUAAUCGGAAACCAGAUAAUGCACAUUUCGGAAUUCAGAGCCUUACUGGAUGCUUUGCCUCGUUUGAAAUUCCUUGAUCUAAGUGACAAUUUGCUUCAAGAAAUUCCGCGAGGCGCUCUGAGAGGUCAUCCUAGCUUAGAAAGAUUACAUUUAAACAAAAACAAUAUAAAGUUUAUACAAGCAGAAGCUUUUGUCGCUAUGCCAGCGUUAAGAGAACUACAUUUAAGUAAUAAUUCCUUAGACGACAUGAACGAAGGUCCUUAUUGGAAUUUACCCGCUCUCAAGGGCUUAGAUUUGUCUAAUAACUAUUUCACGCGUUUACAGCCAAAGUUAUUGUACAAUUUGCCAUCGCUAAGACGGAUAAACUUGAGUAAUAAUCAGCUAACGAUCAUAGACCCAAUCACUUUCAUGGAAUCAACAUUAUUGGAAUACGUUAACGUAUCAGGAAAUUCUCUUGUAUCAAUACAUCCAGCUACUUUCAGGAACUUAGCAAACCUCUACGAGCUAGAUGCUAGUUAUAACAGACUGAUUGAAUUUGUACCUGGAUUACUCAGGGGGCUAGAGAAGCUCUAUAUACAACAGAAUCAAAUAACGAGCUUACCGAUGCCUCCGUCCCCAGACUUGGAUUUACCAUCCUUAAGAACAUUGGAUAUAUCCAGUAACGGGAUACAGAAAAUACCGCACGGUAGCUUAAAAACGUUACACAAUUUACGCCGAUUUUACAUGAAACGCAACGGUUUGAGGCAAGUUGAAGUGACGACUUUCAGUGAUUUAAGUCGACUGGAGAUUUUAGAUUUAAGCUACAACCAAAUAAUGGCUGUGCACCCUAAGAGUUUCAGCAAACUAACAGUACUAAAACAGAUCAACUUGCACGGUAACACAAUUGAAAACUUUGACUUCAUGGCGAUUCAGGAUAAUGCUGCAUUGUCCUCUCUAGAUUUCAGCAAAAAUAAACUUAAGAGUAUAAGUCCUAACAUCGUAAGCAGAGCACUGGAUGUCGAAACACUUAAUAUAUCUUCCAAUAACUUAAUCGAAUUACCGGCUACCUUAAAUAUGUUGUCGAAGUUAAAGAUCUUGGAUGCUAGCUUUAACCAUAUAAAGCGUUUUGAUGGAAACUCAAUAAACAGUAUCAACACGCUGACAGAUUUCAAAAUGCCAAAUAACAAGCUUAUGGAACUCCAAACUGGAAGUUUUAAAGAACUAAAAGACCUUGCAACGAUUGAUCUAGACAACAAUAAUAUCGAAGUGAUUCACCCUAAAGCCAUAACAAAUUUGCCAAACUUGGUCUCUAUUUAUUUGAGUCGAAAUCACAUUAUUGACUUGCCAGAUCGAGUGUUUGCGAAUCUUCCUAAACUAAGGAUCAUAGAACUGCAGGGAAAUCGACUGCAAUACAUAUCUUUGCGAGCAUUUGAGAAUAUGCCUUUGGUACAAUACUUGAAUUUAAGCAAUAAUCAAUUAACUAGUAUUGAUAGUUCGGGGCUCAAACAGUUAUCGUCUUUGGAAGUUUUGGACUUGAGUUUUAACAAGCUCAUGAGGUUAACACGAGCUUCAUUUCAAUACAUGGAGUGGUUGGUUGAGCUUAAUCUGGACAAUAACAUGAUUUGCCAUAUUAGCGGGCAACCUUUUGACUUCAUGCCACGGUUGAAAGUACUCUCAUUGAGACAUAAUAAACUAACCACAGUAAUGGAAAACACAUUUGCAAAAUUAAGAAAUAACAUAGCUAUAUUGGAUAUAGAUGGUAAUCCACUCAUCUGCAACUGCAAUAUUAUAUGGCUUAAAUCAUGGUUAUCAGAAUCCACAUCAAUUGGACCGAAAUGUGCUGACGGAACAUACGUUAAAGGUAUGCCUUUUGGAAGAAACGACUGUUCAAACCCAUCACUCAAUCAAAUAGAUGAAGAUGAUCUAAGAUUAUGUGUAACCCACGAAAACGAAGCUCUAUUACCAAAUUUGGCGACAUCACAAGUAUAUUCAACGGUGGACAAAAUAAAGGAUUACGCAACACGUAUCAAGAAUACUUAUCAUGCUAACAAAAUAAACAGACCGUCCCCUGAGGAGUCUGAGUACUUCUACGACGAUUAUGUUGAUUACCCGUACAACGAAACUAUGGUAGAUGGAUUAAACAGCGACCUAAGUUCAUCCCAUAAUAACAACAGAUCGUCAGGCGGUGUUCCAACGAUAUAUGCGGCCAUGAAAAAUACAACUGAUAAAACAAAACCAGUUGCUACCAGCACUGCCGGCAGUGGUUUCACAUUCUUCGGUAUGCCGCUUCCGCCGAUAGACAUGGGAAAAUUGCUGAACACUGGCCGCAAAAUCGACUGGCCUGAUAAGAAACACAGUAACAGUAAUAAAUAUCCAUUACCAGAAACACCGAAAUUUGAAACUGGAGGAUUUUCGCCAAUUUUGCCUGGAACAGCAGGUGGUUUUAUGCCAAUACCUGAUCCAGCACUUAACGUUUCUCAUACAGCCACACAAGCUCAAAGUGCUUCAACUUACAACAACCAAGGUAGUGUUGGACAAGGGACAGUAGCAGUAUCAACUAAACCACCAGUUAAAACUGUUCACAGUAACACAACCCACCAGAAAAUUAAAAGUGAAAUACAUGAAUUACAAGCUUACAUUGAUGACGAUAACAGUACUCAUGUAGCUUACAAUAGGACGAAAAAUGUUGAAGAACAAAAGAUGGAUCCUAAUAACUUGAGCAAAUACAAUUUGAUGGAGUCAAACUUAACUAUAACUCAAGUGACUGAGAAAGAAAGUAUGCUAAUAACUACAGAUACAAGUAAUGACAUGUCUCUACAAGCCUGGAUGGAGAGCAGUACCCUGUCCUACUCCUCAUCUACUGCAGUCACAUCUAAACCACCCAUGAGGAAGCAUAUUGAACAGUCUUCACCCACCGCACUUUCUGCUGCUCUAAUCCCAAACACAGCCGAGUUACAUGAAAGAAAUCCCAGCAAAAGACCUGCAACCAUAACAAAAGUAAACCUUCAACAAAUACAACAAUUUGAUCACAGAGAAAACUUUUCACCAAAUAGAGAGCCAAAGACACGAUUUUCUGAAAUAUUGAACACUGGCAAUACUAAAAUAAGGCAGAUUGAUGACAAAGACUGGUAUUACAAAAACUAUAAUAAUUCAAAUUUAGAACCUUACAUUGCACCUGGUGUACACAAACCCACAUCAAGAAGUAUUGUUGCUACUUGUAAUAAGUUUAUUUUUUAUGUUAUAGUGUGUUUAACUCUGUUUAGAGCAUUUUAAAAUUAUGGGUGUA